CUCUCUCCAAGCACUGAAGAGGGAAUGACCUUGCUGAAAAACUGACCUCUCCUCUUGUCAUUCUUUCCAGUGGACAUGGGACACUAUGCAAGCAGCCGACAUCUGCUUGCAACAAGCAAGGAUAAAUCUUUCAGGUGGUGAAUCUUUGAAAGAUGGUGCUGACACAAGCAGAGCGACUCAACAGUCCACAAAGCCAAAGCUAGUUUCUUCAAAGAAAAGAAAGAGGCCUGCUGAAUGUGCCCUCCUCACUGUAGAGAAAGAGUCUAAAAGUGAAAACAAAACAGAAGUAAAGCCAAAGAGAAGAAGAAAGAAGAAAAUAUCUGAUAUUCUUGCAAAGUCAUCUCCAAAACCAGGAGUCCCUGCAGACAUACAAAAACUGCUCAAUGAACACUUUGGAGCUAAACGUUCAGUGAUUGAACUAGAAGAAUUAAAAUUGCCAGAUGCCUGUUUCCUCCCUGCCAAUGACCUCACCCACAGUUUUGCUUCCUACCUGAAAGAAAUCUGUCCCAAAUGGGCAAAGCUUCGUAAAAACCAUACAGAGAAGAAGUCAGUGGUGAUGCUGAUAAUCUGCAGCUCUGCUCUUCGCUGUCUGGAACUCAUCAGGUCAAUGACUGCUUUCAAAGGAGAAGGCAAGGUUAUGAAAUUGUUUGCAAAGCACAUAAAGAUACAAGAACAGGUGAAGAAACUGGAGCAAGGUGUCAUCCAUAUGGGUGUCGGAACACCUGGAAGGAUAAGAGCACUUAUAGAACAAGAUGGCCUCAGCCUGAAAUCUUUGAAAUACCUGAUUUUAGACUGGAAUUGGAGAGAUCAGAAAUUAAGAAGAUUAAUUGACAUCCCUGAGGAUGAAGCAUGCUGGUUGCUAAAAUGCAAAAAGUCCACUGCUCAAGAGUCCAAUGAAGUUUCAAUAACUAAAAUAAAGAAAGAAACAAUUGAACUUCUGGAGAUGAAAUUGAUCAAACUGUGCAGAGAGGGCUCUCUGAAGCUGGGACUCUUUUAAUUACCGUUUUUGUAGCCAAAUUCAACCCAUCCAUCUCUGCUGUCUCUGCUCAAAUUGAGGCUGCUUUUCAAUUUUGAAACACACAUGGGAGAAAUAAGGGUUGGAUGUGGGUUUCUUUUAUAAUAAAGCAGCAUUUUGUUUGCGUUCCAUUUUCCUAUAAAUUUCUGCUUGUACUAUGAA